GGGGUGAGUGUUGUGGGUGUAAGGUCGUGUGCAAGUGUGUGUAAGGGAUGUUUGCAGAUGUAUACUAGGGGCAGGUGUGUGGAGCCAGGGGUGUAAAAGGUGAGUCAUAGGUGUGUCGGCUGUGUGACGUGUGUAGCAAUGGUGUGGAAAUAUAGCACCAGGGAUAUGCUAAGUAAAAAGAAGGGCUAGAGGGGUUAGGAGGUGAGGAGGGGGAGGGCCAGACAGAACACGACCGGCCGCCACAACUGACCUAAUGCCGCGCACCUCACGCCGCCGUCCCACAAGCAGCCAUGUAAUACAAUUUCACCGGGUUUGGCCCAACUUAACAUCAAGUAUCAUAUGAUUCCGGGGCGUAGGGCGCACUGAGGCGAGGGGGACGAAGUGAGGGGGGCGGAGGGAGGAAGGGGCCCGCCUACUCCCCCUCCCGCCGCCGCCUCGUGCGCCUCCCCCGGACUCCCCCCCCCUCCCGCCCCACGCGACCCACGAAAUCACGUACCUAGUUUGGGUCUUAAUGAAAUGAAUUAAAUCAUCUAUAUUGAGAGCCCUGAAGCGAUUUACGGUCAAGAGCUUAAUUAGACGCUCGGGCGGAGAGGCGAGGUGAGAGAGGGAGGGGCGGGACGGGGCGGGGGGGGGGCGGCGUGGACAGACUGGGGACUAAUGACUCUCCCCCUCCCCCCACCCCGCCGCCGCCGCCCCUCACGCCCGCUGUGACUCCAUGAUUUAAUAGAAUCUUCACCAAGCGUAUUAUGGAGCAAGUACUGCCCAUGAAUUACCUCGCAUCUCCUUCUUUCCUCCCGACAACAACACCACUUCCACGCUCCUCCAGGGGCGGGACAGACACCGCCGCGGCCACUCACACGCGGGCUGGAGGACAGGGCUCCAAUCACCGCUGGGGGCGGCCGAGGCCCCGCCCAGCGCCGCCCCGGAGAGCAGGUCGCAGCCAGUCAGUGCCUGGCGGGUCAGGAGGGUGUCGGCCGUCGCUCCGCCGCCUCAACAUGCAUUAUCGGCCUCGCAGCUCCCCGCCGCCGCUCAUUACGGCCGCCACGACCCUCACGCCGCGGCGGCCCUCAAGCCGAUCGUUAGGCAUUAAAACUUUACAUAACAAUAAGUAAAUUAAUUUCAUUGAAGUAUAAUUACUUCGUUGUAGCAGUACAGUUAUACAACAUGUAUUUACACAGUAAUUUACAUUUUGCUAUAAGAAGACCCUACAUGAACAGCUGUAGCAGCUGAAGCUGAGGCUGGACGGAGGCCUGGCGAGCCUGGCGGCGGCGGCGGCGGCUACUACAGCAAACAAAACCAGAACACACUCACUGUAAUUAAAUUAAGAAUCACUGUCCAGAAAGUUGUGUCAUUACUCUAUCGUUUAUAGUAAAAAGGUGCCAACCAUCAGACUCAAGUUUUCAAAGUUUUAUGACCAAAUUUAUUCGUGUUAACGUGGGCGUGUCAUCGGGCGGGCGCGGCGCCGCGGAGGCCACGCCCCCGCCGCCGCCUCCACUUCCCGCUCCGUCCUUCCCUCUGCCACUCCCCGCCUCGCCGCGCGGAUGCCCGAUAUUCUCUUGUGUAAUUAAUCCCGGCCUUGCAGGUGUCCGCAUUCCCUGCUACAGGUGAGGCUGCCCUGCACCGCCUUCAGCUGUUAUUCUGAAGCUACGAAUUCCGUCAUCCCGCCAACGCCGAGGAGCAGAAGGCGAGGGAGGCGCGCGCGGUGGUGUUGCCAACAGCGAGGGUGAAGAUUAGGGAGUCGAGGCGGGUGGGAGGGGCGUGGGGGCGCGGCGGGCAGGAGCCGCGGGCCCUGCGCCGACCCAGCGAGCACGGCCGCCGCUGCUACACGCUUCAGGGACUGGCUACCUUAGUCCCCGACGUACGCUUCACUAGUCCACCACGCAUCACCAACUCUCCCGAGCCGCCUGCCCCGCUCUGAUCCCGCGUUAAUACCCUGGUGUACUCAUGUGUGAAGGCUGGCCUGCCUCCGCCGCCCUCCUGCCCCUCUAGUGCAGUCCGUACGUCCCGCGCCCUCGCCGCUACACUAGUAACACCCAAACUGCUGGAAUAUUUCACCUACGCGACAGAUAGAAAAAAAACGGAACUUUUUUUUUAAUCGUGUUUAGUAGUCGGGCAGCCGCGUGGCGUGGCCAGCGGGCGCUGUGUUGGUGAGCCCAUGUGUGACUGUCCGCACGCCGGACUGGACAGUGCCUGUAGUGCCGUGACCCCGGUGACCGCGUGGCCGUGUGUGUGACCUCAGCUCGCACCGUUCGUCUUGGCUGCCCUCCACCUCCCCGGCACCCUCGCCGCACGCCGCAGCUCACACUAUUUAUUUCACCAAAGGAAGCCCACGAACCGCCACGAUUGCCCGGCAGGAUACCAAUACCGUGUUCGCGAUGCCCCAUAAAGAAUGCUACAUCUCGCCCCUAGACUCCCGCCUCGACCCUAGACUCCCGCCGGCGCCGCUGCCUCCUCAUAUAGGAGGUACGGGCGUGAACCAGAUGGGCGGCGUGUACGUCAACGGGCGGCCGCUGCCGGACCACAUCCGCCACAAGAUCGUGGAGAUGGCCCACUCUGGCGUCCGCUCCUGCGACAUCUCCCGCAUUCUUCAAGUGUCCAAUGGCUGUGUGUCCAAGAUCCUUGCUAGAUACUACGAGACGGGCUCCAUCAAGCCGCGGGCCAUCGGCGGCUCCAAGCCCCGCGUGGCCACGCCCCACGUGGUCAAUAAGAUAGCAGAGUACAAACGGGAGUGUCCCUCCAUCUUUGCCUGGGAGAUCAGGGACCGACUGCUCUCCGAGUGCAUCUGUACCAACGACAACAUCCCUAGCGUGUCCUCCAUCAACCGGGUGCUGCGGAACCUGGCGGCGCAGAAGGAGCAAGGGUCCGUGGGCGUGUCUGCGGGCGGCGGCGAGAGCGUCUACGACAAGCUGAGGAUGUUCAACGGAGGGGCGGCGGCUGCGGGCUGGGCGGCGGCCUGGUACCCUGGUGCGGCGGCGGGUCACCUGGGCCUGCCGCAGCACCACAACACCGCCCUGCCGCCCCUGCCACGCGAGGACCCCAAGCGAGGCCUGUUCUCUCCCUCUGACAACAACAACGAGGUGACGAGCGACGGCAACAGCGAACACAACUCCAGCACCGACGAGGACUCCCAGCUGCGCCUCCGUCUGAAGCGUAAACUCCAGAGAAACCGAACCUCCUUUACCAAUGAGCAGAUAGACGCCCUGGAGAAAGAGUUUGAGAGGACUCACUAUCCGGAUGUGUUCGCCCGCGAGCGUCUGGCUGAGAAGAUUGGUCUGCCCGAGGCCAGGAUACAGGUUUGGUUCAGCAACCGGCGGGCCAAGUGGCGGCGGGAGGAGAAGCUACGCAACCAGCGGCGCAGCGUGGACCAGGUGGGCGUGGGCGUGGGCGUAGGCGUGGGCAUGGCUAACAGUGCCGCCGCCGCCGCCGCCUCCAGACUUCCCCUUCAGUCCGGCUUCAACUCCAUGUACCCGUCCAUCCCGCAGCCCAUCGGCACCAUGGCGGACUCCUACAGCAUGUCCGGCUCCCUCAGCUCCAUGGGCGGAUCGUGUCUACAGCAGCGCGAGGCGGCGGCGGCCUCGGCCUACCCCUACAUGUUCCACGACCCGCUGAGCUCCCUGUCCUCCUCCUACCAGCGCUCCUCCUCCCAGCUGGCCUCCUGCGGCAACGCGGCAUCCCAGGCAGCCGUGUCCUCCUUCAACGCAGCCAGCCACGCGGCGGCCGCCUCCUACGCCGCCGCCACCUCCUCCGCCAGCGGCACAGGUACAGGCUUGAUAUCGGCCGGCGUGUCGGUGCCCGUGCAGAUCCCCAGCCAGACCCCAGACCUGAGCGCUGCGAAUUAUUGGCCUCGGCUUCAGUGAUGGUCUCUGAUGUGCGAGUCCGACCUACAGGCCUCGCAGUACCCCUCGCAGGUCUACGGCGCCGCCACCCCGGCCGCCGCCACCCCGCUCCCGCCCUGAAGGUGCGAGUGUCUUUCUUGUGUUGCGGGGGAGCUGCCCACCGGAAGGUCCAGGCGGCUCGCACACCCUUCAGACGUGACUUAGCGCGACGCGGAGCUGCCUUAAAGAGUGGCUCUCGCGGUCUGCCCUUGAGGGCUUCAAUUUACCACGGCGUGACCUUGCCCGUGAGGCGCCACCUGACCUUAAAACCCAUACCGGCGGUGGCCUCGGUGAUGGCCGCCCUCCGCACCCCGCCAGGAGGGAGGAGCGAGCCCUCGCGGCGCCACCCCGCCACCAACACUCACUUUUGUAUCGAUACUCCCGGUUCCCUUGGCCGCCUCGGAGUCGUCGUCUUGGUUUAGGCGCCGGUGGCGAGAGAGAGACGAGCGGACGUAGUAUUUUUGACAAAGGAUUCCGUCGUUCCCGGCUACAGGAGGUGGGGCCAGGGAGAGGGAGGGAGGGGACACGGGGGAGCAACAAACAUACAAACAAACAUACGAACAAACAAACCUGGGUCAGACCUGCGCUUGAUACUCCUGCCAAUGUACAUUUCAAAGUCUUUCUAAAGCGUAGGUCGACGACGAGAGACUUUGACGACGACACGCCGCCACCACCCCUCCCUCCCUCCCUCGGGCCCGGCGCGACACACACACACACACACACACACACACACACACACACACACACACACACACACACACUGCAUGUUCUCACCUCCACUGGUAAUGACCGAGGGACCGACACCACGAGGAUACCGUAGCUUAGGUUAAUAAAUAUUUAGUUACAUAAGUUGCUGUAGCGUGAGUCAGGCUACAGCGCCCCUGAGUCAAACUAGGGAGGCGAGGGGCGCAGGCUGCCGGCCGGGUGAGGGAGGGAGGCACCACCCGCGCCUCCCUCCGCUCCCCCCCCCGGCCCCUGACACCUAUUUAUUACUGUAUAAAGGUGUGUAAACAAGACCUGUGUAUAGUGUAGUAGACUGUGUAGCUUAGCGAUCAUACUCAUGCGUACACGAACACCGCCGUCGAGCCCCACCGUCUUGGAUUCAUUGCGUUUUCACGUCGUCAGUUUUUAUUUCCCGGUCAAGUUCUCUCCUCGAGGCACUUACUUAGCCAGGAAACUUUUAAUCACCCGACCCCGUGGCUGACGAGGGGGGAGGGGGGCAGGGAGGGGGCGGCAUGCACCCACAAUGCUGGCUAUUAACCCGUACUUGUCCCCUCCCCUCCCCCCCCAGCAACUCUCACCGUCACGGGCCCCCCCCACCACCACUAUUACCGCCGCCGCCGCAGCCACUCCACUUAUGACAAAUUCAAUCUGAUCAGAUAUCAGACUUGGUUUCACCUGAAUAGUGGUGCAUUUCACGAACUAAUUUCCCAUAAAAUUAGCGACAAAGGCCUUCAUUCUGAGCGCAUGGUGGGAAUUUUACAGCGCGUAGCCGUGUUCAGCGUGCCCAGUGUAGCGGCGACGAGGCUGGGCGCGACGCUCAAUGCCUGUCACUUGCAGAAUAGCGGCCCCGUGUUGACGCUGAAAACACCGCCCGCCGCCCCGCCAUCCCCGCCCCGCCCCGGCCCGCCCCGCCCGCCCCGCACCCUUAAUUGAUCGGUGUAAUGUGAAUGCCUUACUCUCUCUUUCUUUUUUUUUUUUUUACAUAUAUUUUACGGAGAUGAAAAGCCGCCCUAACAAGACCCUUCCCCCUUUCUCUCCCCCCCCCCUCCCCCCCAGUGAGGAGGCCUUGCGAAAUCACACCAACACUGUCACGAACAUUUGUGGGUGAUAGCAAUAUACCAGAGGAGGAGGAGGAGGAGGAGGAGGAGGAGGAGGGGGCAGAGGCAGGAGGAGUGAGGUACAGAGAGUGAUGGUGGGGGUGGUGGAAGAGGUAUACCAGUAAGAUAAUUCAGCAAACAUCCGCCCCCUCCAACCCCUACUACCACCACCAACUCCACCUCCACAACUACCAUCACCACUCAAAACUACCACCACCACCACUACCAUCACUGCAAUUAAAAAGAAAAAGUCUGUGAAAUCUGAGUGCCGUUUGCCUGGCUUCAUAAAACUGUUGUGUGUGUGCGGCCCCGUUGAAAUGACUGAAUGGAUGGGAGCAGCGUGUUUUUUUUUUGGUACGGGCCCCACCACCACGCCCCCCUCCCCUACUCUCCCCUUCCCCACGCCAACCCCCUUCCCAUUCUCACUCCCAUUCCAACCAGCCAGCCAAUCCAUGCACAUCCACCCAGACAGACACCCCCACACACCCACCCACGAACCCACACGCCCUUCCCUUCCCUUCCCUCCAGCACCGCGGAAAUAUCGCUGAUUAUUAUUUUUUUGUCAACAUCACGAACAGUCCAUUACGUGAUAUAUGUAUGUUUAGGACACACACACACACACACACACACACACACAAGGGGAGUGAUGAAUCUGUGUGCUGCAAUGCGCCAUAAAAGACUAAUAAUAAUAAUACACUGCCCGAUUUUUGUCCCCCUCCCUCGGCCAGUUAAUAACACCGGUUGAUAUUCGGCGGACAAAUGCACGGCGCUUCAGAUUGCAAACAAGCCUCCCCCCCUCCCCCCUCGCCCCCUCUCCCACACCCCUCCUCUCCUCUCCCCUAAAAUAUUGCAUUCAUCCCGGUGUGGCCAUUAUCAUAUAUUACUCCUGUCGUCAUCAAUAAAUAUCACGAGUUUAUGAUGCGACGAGGAAGUGAUGACGGAAAAAAAAAUGAUAAUAAAUAAAGUGCGGAUGUCCAUGUAGUACUGUCUGUCGCUUGCUUAUGUUAAAGAUAAAGUAAUUGAAAUGCUAGUACUGAUAAGGAUGAUCGAACGCAAAAAAAAAUAGUGUGUUAUGAUAAGGGAGUGUUCGCUUGCAUGGCACACACACACACACACACACACACACACACACGCAAGCACACGCACACGCACGCAGGCGAGUCCUCUUUCCGAGCAUGAUGGAGCAUACAGCAACACUAAAACAUACGACCUUGUUAAUAACGGCGACGGGUGAUGGAGGGUUAUGGUGCCGCGCCUGACACCACAGCACCAUAAAACACCGAUGUCGCCGCUGCCAACACCACCACCACCACCACCAACAACAACAACAAAAUAAAAACAAAAACAAAAUCGCGGACGAGUUACUUUGGCAUUUUGUUUUCCUCCUCCUCCUCCUCCUCCUCCUACUACUACUACUACUACUACUACUACUACUCUUAUUCCUUUUACCUCUUACCUCUUAUUCCGAUGUUAUCCUUCUACACAGACAUCAAAGACUCGCUAUCAACCUGCACGUGUAUAUGUCCGUUCUCUUAUCAUUUGCACCCUGUUAUUAUUACUUAUUACUACGAUUAUCCUGGCCACACGAGGAAGGGUCGAGUCGGGGCGCGUGGGGCAGGUCGGGGCGGGACGGGGCGGGUAUACAUAUUCCACACUAACUGAUGGUCUAGUCAAAGGCAGCUAGUGUUGUGUACGAACCGUAUGUACUACUCAUUAUUAUCAUUAUCAUUAUUAUUAUUAUUGUCAUGGUUAUUACGUUUAAUGAUACCACUACUACGUUCUCAAGGGCACUGAAAAGGAUACAACAACAACACUGCUUGGUAUGUUAGUUAAGAAGGAGGGUCUGACACCGCGCACUGUAUACUUCGUUUCUCAAGGCGGAUGGACGUAAAAGUUUUGCCUGACGAGGAUGAAAAAAUAAUCCCACACCCGGAGCGGCGACCUAACCUCCCUCAGCCACACUUGACGUAACCUCCCGCACGUCAGUCACUUAGUCACGUGUGUACAUGAAUAUUAAUGUUACUUCCUCGUUUUACGUUAAUUAAAGAGGUGUAAGAAUGAAUGCUCGCCGUGAAUGUAUAAAUCCGCGUCAAAAUCAACAUAAACAGUACAAGGGAGAGAGGAGAGACAGACAGUGACUGCAUGCAAGGAUCGGCUGCCCUGAUCUCCGGUGUUUCCACUAACAUUAUGAUUUCAGGACCAAUUUUGUAAACAAUACGUCAGUUAUGAACAUAAACUCUGGUUUCCAGCCAACCACCAGUCAUAUUGUGUGUAGUGAUUACUGUAUGAUAUAAUGAAAUAUAAUGAAACCUGGUAA